CUACCAACAAUACACCAAAGUGAAGUCUGUGAAAUCAGUCAACAUUAAAAGCAGUCCCUGUUUCAUUCGGAGGAAAAACAUUAGCAAAAAAUAGUGAAGAUGCCGGACUCUUCACAUCCUCGCAACGUCAUCGAGAGUUUCUUCCACACCGUCUACGCGGUUCUAGAAACGCCGGUGGUUUUCGUCCGAGAGAAAAUCGUCGUGCCAAACCAGAAGAACUACCCAUGGUACCACCAGAAGUUCCGACGAGUGCCCAACAUUGAUCAAUGUGAGACAGAUGAUUUGGUCUGUUAUUCUGAGGCAAACAUACAGUAUAAGAGAGAUCGCUUGGUCGAAUCUGAAAUCAUCCAUAUUUUGCGCCAACGCUUCGAAAAUUGCGUGAUGUACGACCCUGAUCAUCUCACCAAGUGCAAGCACGUUCUUGAACAGUAUCGGGAUGCAGAGACCAAUUGGUUUAUCAAAUAUGGCGAUUUAGGAGGUUAUCACGAUGUUAAGGCGGCAUAUAUGAAGCAGAAGCAUAGAUUGAUUUGGGAACGUCGUCACGGCGAAGUCGGCACCGGUAUGAAAACUGAGGAAGCUGUUGGGGAAUAGAAAAUUAUGUUUUACUUUCACAAUAGUCAAAUGCAUUGUACAAUAUUGUAGAAAUAUGAAGAUAUUACCUGAUUAUGUUAUUGAUAUGACAAUGAGGAAAUAAUACAGAACAGAAUGAUUAAAUUGCA